AGAAGCGGGCCUUCGCCGUAGUAGGUUUCGGGAAAUUCGCGUGCUGGAGACGGGGUGCGCCGUCACCGCGCUUUCUGCUUCGGGUUACGCCAUCAUUCAUCCAGGGUCAUUCGGUUCACCGGGGUAACGGAGAUGAUGGCCACAUCACGGGCGCGCGUGCCUCCGUGCUCCUCAUGACCGACCGGCGGCGGCGGCAGCAGCAGCAGCAGCAGCGUGCGGGUUUGGGUUUGUCUCACACCGGGCUGGCGUGGAUCCGAUCCCACCGUCUGGCGGAGCGUCUGCCAGGCUGAGUCACCACUGGAGUGUCUGAAGGGUCGCGAGAGAGAAAGUGAAGGAGGAGGCUGAGACGUUACAUCACAACGUGGCAGAGAAAGUGAGAGGAAGAGUGUGAGAGAACAGGAGAGCAGAGCGAGACGGCCGUAAGGGAGAGCGAGAGAGGAAGUCGAGCACUGGACUGACCCUUGAACUCUGACCUCGGAGCCAACAUGAACGACCAGAACGUAGUGAAAGAGGGAUGGGUGCAGAAGAGAGGUGAAUACAUUAAGAACUGGAGACCGCGGUACUUCCUGUUAAAGACGGAUGGGUCGUUUAUUGGAUAUAAAGAGAAGCCGCAAGAUGCAGAUCUGGCUUAUCCACUCAACAACUUCUCUGUGGCCAAGUGUCAGCUGAUGAAGACGGAGAGACCGAAGCCCAACACCUUCAUCAUCAGGUGUCUGCAGUGGACCACUGUUAUCGAGCGCACGUUUCACGUGGACACGCCUGACGAGAGGGAUGAGUGGGUCGAGGCCAUUCAGAUGGUGGCAGACAAGCUGGCCAAACAGGAAGAGGAAGGAAUCCUGUGUAGCCCCAUCUCUCAGAUCGAAAACGUCAACGAGGAAGAGAUGGACACGUCAACCAGUCAUCACAAACGAAAGACAAUGAAUGACUUUGACUAUCUGAAGCUGCUGGGAAAAGGCACAUUUGGGAAGGUGAUUCUGGUGCGAGAGAAAGCCAGCGGCACAUAUUAUGCAAUGAAGAUCCUGAGAAAGGAGGUUAUUGUUGCCAAGGAUGAAGUUGCUCACACACUCACCGAGAGCAGAGUUCUGAAGAACACUAGGCAUCCGUUUCUAACUUCACUGAAGUACUCAUUUCAGACGAAGGAUCGUUUAUGUUUUGUUAUGGAGUAUGUGAAUGGAGGAGAGCUGUUUUUUCAUUUGUCGAGAGAGCGUGUAUUUUCGGAGGAUAGAACCCGUUUCUACGGCGCUGAGAUCGUUUCUGCGUUGGAUUACUUGCACUCUGCAAAGAUUGUUUACCGUGACCUGAAGCUGGAAAACCUGAUGUUGGAUAAGGACGGUCACAUAAAGAUCACUGAUUUCGGCCUGUGUAAGGAGGGCAUCACAGACACGGCCACCAUGAAAACGUUCUGCGGGACCCCGGAGUAUCUGGCCCCUGAGGUAUUGGAGGACAAUGAUUACGGGAGAGCGGUGGACUGGUGGGGUCUGGGAGUCGUUAUGUAUGAGAUGAUGUGUGGACGCCUUCCCUUUUAUAAUCAGGACCAUGAGAAGCUGUUUGAACUGAUUCUGAUGGAGGAGAUCAAGUUUCCCAGAACCCUCUCUGCAGACGCCAAGUCUUUACUGUCUGGAUUACUCAUCAAAGACCCCAAUAAGAGGCUCGGAGGAGGCCCGGAUGAUGCAAAGGAAAUCAUGAGGCACAGUUUCUUCACUAUGCUGCACUGGCAGGACGUCUAUGACAAAAAGCUGGUACCGCCGUUCAUGCCGCAGGUCUCGUCUGAGACGGACACCAGGUAUUUCGACGAGGAGUUCACGGCGCAGACCAUCACCAUCACCCCUCCGGAGAAGUACGACGAGGACGGGAUGGACUCGGCCGAUAGCGAACGGAGACCACAUUUCCCACAAUUCUCGUAUUCAGCCAGCGGGCGGGAGUGAUGUCAUCGAAUAACGCCGUUUAAGGAGCCCCGCGUAGCCGUGCUAGAAACAGCCCCCCUCUCCAUUUAAUUACCGAUAGUCAUAGCGAGUCAUUUUUGUUGCUUUCUGUUAGUUUUUUGUGGGACUUAAAAGGGGUUUUGCACAGUUGGGUGAGACUUGAGCUGGUCGACCCACAUUAAAAAGUCUUGUUCACUUUCAGCUUGUUGUUUACAGAUCAUGGACAGUGGGUUUUUUUUGGGGGGGGGUUAUGAUCAGUAUUGACCUGGAGCGUUUUUGUUUUGCACUCCUUUAAAAGAGCCGUUGUGGGGAACAAACCAAAAAUGUUGCCUUAUGUGUAUGGAUCUCAUCAGACAGACAGACAUGUAGUUAGACGCAGCAGUAGAUCUGUUCCUGUGAGGCUCACGAAUUUUAAUUUGUUCUUGCAUUUUUAGCACACACACACACACACACACACACAUCCUCUGUCUGAGGCGUUGAAGAGUUUCGUUCCUUGUUCGUGCUUUCGGUAAAUAAUGAAAACGGAGAAAGUAGGGGAAAUGGACUCUAGUGUUAAUAUUUGCGUUUCUCUUUUAGUUUUGUCCUCACGCUCUGAUAUGAAGGUUUCAGUUCAAAUACACAACCAUACAACAAACUGCCGUUACUGUAAAGGUCUCUCAGGCAAUUCAGAGCACAAGUGUGAAUCUCACGAAACCCGCCAAGAGCAUGUCUGCGUCGUGUUUCACUGCGAAUCCGUAAAGAAAAAAAACCCUCGUAUUUUGCUUGAGGAAAAUUUAGCAUAUUUUUAGUAUCAUUUAGAUGUUUUGCACCGCAACAUUUUCAUCACCAUAAUGCAACAAAAAUCUCAUCACUGCAAAUACAGAAAUAUCAUGUAAUAAUAAU